AUGGGUUGUCAUCUUUCAAAAAAAGUCUACCGUUAUCAUAAUGUUUCGAGUGACCCUGGUAUUAAAACGUAUUCACGAUAUGAACAUCCGAAAGAAGAAUUAUUACCUAGUAUGCUUAAAUCGGAUAAAAAAUGGCUAAUUAUUGAUACAGACGCUGGUAUUGAUAGCGCUUUAGCGAUCUUGUUGGCUCUACAUCAUGAUGAUGUGGGUAAUAUUCUAGCUAUCACGUGCGUCAACGGAAUUGUAACAGUAGAUCAAGCAGUCAAAAAUGUCGUAUAUGUUCUUAAUAUUUGUGAUUGUGAUACUAUUCCAAUAUAUAAAGGAUCAGAUCGACCUCUUGUUGGAGAUGGAUUGGCAAACGAACCCUGUUAUAAUGGUCAAGAUGGUUUAGGUGAUAUUCAUGAUCGUUUUGAUUCUAGAUUGUUUUAUAAUAAAAUCGUCAGGUCGGAGAAUGCAAUUAAUAUCAUGGUUUCACUUGCCAGCCGGUAUGAAGGAAAAAUUAGUUUGAUUGCCUUAGGUCCAUUGACUAACUUAGCUUUAGCCUGCAAAGUAAAUCGAAAUUUUCCUCGGCAGUUAAGAGAUUUAACAAUAUUAGGUGGAAGGUACUGUCCAGGUCUGGAAGAUGCGCUAAACAGUAAAGAAUCAAACUUUCUGAUAGAUCCAGAAGCCGCUCACAUAGUGCUAAAAGAAUAUCCCCUUAUGUGCCCUACGCGUAUCAUUAAUGGAGAAACAGUAGUCCAUCAUCCAAUAAAUUUCCAGUGGACAAAUGAUGUUUGGUUGAAGAAUGAUACCAAAAAAAGUGGUUUUGUUGAACAAAUUGUUAGUAAAGCCUUACAAUUCUAUCGACGGAGAGAUACUAACGGAUAUUAUGUCUUUGAUCCAACAGCAACGGCUGUUGCUAUUGAUCCACAUAUCGUCAUUGGUGCUACUCAAAUCAAAGUGGAAGUUAAUUUGAGAGAUCCUGAUUGUCGAGGUCAUAUAGAAAUUAAGUUGCAAGGCUCUGAGGAAGAUGGAAAUUUACUUCUUGUUCAAAACAUUAACGUUGAUGUGCUGAAAGACAUGCUCUGGAACACAGUUAAAUGA